AUGGACUCUCCGGGCUACUUCACCAUCUACGGUGGAACCGCUCCACCGGCCGCGCCGAUCCAGUCGCGUCCUCCCGCACCCGCCGGGUGUUACCCGUUGUCACCACCAGCGCCUCCCCCGCAGCACCCGCAAGGGGGAGGGGGCCGACGCAACCGGCUUGGCGGUGGUCGUCGCCGCCUGGAGCAGCAGUGGGCCCAGGACGCCGGGGGGGCACACUAUCAGCAGGCUCUCCCCGCUGGCCACCAGGCGUUCAUCGGCGCGCCCUACCAGCCGACUGGCGCCGGCUACGGCGCCCUCCUUGCGACGCCGCCCCUCGGUGGUUAUGGCCCGCCCGUCCCGGCGCUGCCCUACGGGGGCCUUCCGCCGCCGCCGGUACCUGUGCCAUGGGACCCCAUCCUCCUCGCCACCCAGCACUCCACGCCGUCGCCGAGUAGCUCUGUCGAUGGAGGUGACCGGUACAUGGACUCCUGUGCUACUGCGCACAAGGCAUCUCAUCCCGGUUCCUCCGGCUUCGACCCCUUCGGCGCCGGCCCCCUCGCCCCCUUCAUGGAGCGACGUGCGGUGGCACCCCCCGGCGCCCCCCGGCCCGGCGCCCUCUACCGCCACCACCCGGCUUCGUGA